UCACUAUGUCAGUACACACUGCGAUUACACACAAUAACAUCGCUCCUCAUUAGCUUCUCAGCUACACCUUCUCCUUUCUCAAAAACCUCACUACAAAACCCCGCGUUUUUUCAGUGCCCGCGAAAUCUCUCUACAUUUCACAGUACGAAUCCUCUCAUUUUUCGUUUUCUCUCUCUCUCACAUCUCACACCGAAAGCUUCCUGAUUACGCUUUCUUCAUUUCAAAGAGUUCAAAAAAUAUUUUGCUUCUUUGAUUUCGCUGAAGUAACAAUGCUUCUCCACCAUUAGCGGUUGUUGAAGCUAUGGAGGAAUUGCGAUUCUGCUAUUUCCUCACAAAGUCCUAGAAAUUAAGCGGCGGUGAUGGGGAAGAGGAACAACUUAGUUGUGUUGUCCUCCGAUGACGAAGAAAAUGAACGUUCGUUGAGUUCCAGUCGGAGCUAUUCGAAGCCAAAAUCUAGGUCACUGGUUACUCGCUCAAACCCUAACCCUAGAGGAGCCAAGAAGGCUCGCAUUUCGAAUUCUAGGUCUCGCUUGAGUAAAGAAUCCAGUAAUGUAAAUGAGAUUGGAUUCUUGUAUGACGAUUUUGAUGAAGUGUUUAAUGGGUUCAAGGUAUCUGCUGGGAAACGAGAACACGUAUCAGGUUUUGGUGGGAGCAAUGCGAAUGGGUUAUGGGUUGAUAAAUACAAACCUCGUUCCUUGGAAGAGCUAGCCGUUCACAAGAAAAAGGUUGAAGAAGUUAAAGUAUGGUUUGAAGAAAGAUUGAGAUCUUCUAAGGAUGAAUUUGGCCAUUAUGUUCUUGUCAUCACUGGGCAAGCUGGAGUUGGAAAAUCUGCAACUAUUCAUGUAAUUGCAUCUCACCUUGGAGCCAUAGUAUGUGAAUGGAACACACCUACUCCAGUUAUUUGGCAAGAGCAUCUGCAUAACUCUAGUGCAGGGAUAACCUAUACAUCUAAGUUGGAUGAGUUUGAAAUUUUUGUUGAGAGAAUAAGGAAGUAUGGAUUCAUACCAUCAUCCUCUGCUAAAGAGCCAAAAUCGUCUAACAUACUCCUCAUUGAUGAUCUUCCAAUGACGAAUGGAAAAGUUGCUUUUGGAAGACUUAAAAAAUGUUUGCAUCUUCUUGUGCGAUCAACUCGGAUACCAACAGCUAUAUUGCUCACAGACUAUGGUGAAGCUGAUUCGGCGGACCACACUGCAAGAUGCUCAGAAGAACUUAAGUUGUAUCUUGAGAGUGCUGGGGCUUGUAAGGUUGCUUUCAAUCCUAUUACAAAUAAUUCUAUUAAGAAGACACUUUCAAGAAUAUGCAGACUAGAGCAGUUUAAUGUGACUGCUGAACAGAUUGAUCUAAUAGCAAAAGCAAGUGGAGGUGACAUCCGAAAUGCAAUCACAUCUUUACAGUUCUGUUGCCUCAAGCCAGAUCCCUUGCGUUCUUUAUCUUUGUGUGAUACCACUACCACUUAUUUGAGAGAAAAAUCAGAUGAGAUCAGUGCUUUGGACGGUGAAUCUUCCCUGAAAUUUGGCAGAGAUGAGACACUUUCUCUUUUUCAUGCUCUUGGGAAGUUUCUGCAUAACAAAAGAGAGACUGAAAAUGCCAUGGCAUUAAUGGACCGAGAUGAAUUUCUUGUGCGGGAUAAAUUCUCAAGAUUGCCACUGAAAAUGGAUGCUCCAGAGAAGGUUCUCUGUCAAGCACAUGGGCAAGCAAGGCCUAUUGCUGAUUUUCUACAUGAAAAUGUUCUAGAUUUCCUGUGUGAGGAGGCAAUAGAUGAUGCAUGGACUGUGGCUUCAUAUUUAAGCGAUGCUGACAUGCUUCUUGCUACUUUCCGUGGAAUGCUAACUAGAUAUAAUGAGGCAGAAAAUGUUCUACAAACAGCUGCUGCUUCAGUUGCUGUCCGGGGGGUCCUAUUUGGAAAUUCUCAUCCUUCGCCUUCCAGGUGGCAUGCCAUUCGCCGACCAAAGCUCUGGCAGGUUGAGCAAUCAUCACUUUGCAAUAAAACUGAGAUGGUAAAACGUGGAUUCAUUGGUUACAGCAGGCUAACUUUAUCUGAUCUGUCGGUUGUGACGACGGAGUACACACCUAUGCUCAAGUGGCUUGGAUAUGGAACCUCUGGGGGUCUUGAAGCUCAUCAGGAUUUGAUGCAAGACAACAAGACAGAAGACAACUUUGAUAAGAUGAGUUUGGAUGACCAACAAGAAAUUGAGACAACUGAUGAUGAAAUCGAAGAUUGGUAAGAGUCUGCUUGCUUGAGACGCAAGCUGCAUCAAGAUUGGCUCCUGUAAAAAGUUGAUGUAAAGUAAUUGUUCAUUUUUUCCCUUGAUUUUUCUGUGCUAAAAAAUGUGAUGUAGAUGUUUUCUGGUAUAGAAGGUGUCAUCAGUUCAGUUCUCAGUUUUGAAAAUGCGAGUCCGACACUAGUUUAGUUAUAAGGAAAUUUUAAAGGGGAGCUAAUAUCUGAUUUGAGUCGUGUUUAUGCU